UAACAAUUGCACGUUCUUUUCUUUGUUAUUUUACGAUUGGCCCUAAAUGUAUAGAGUGAUGAGGUUGAAUGAAGCUAUGUGAGGAUUAUUUUGUUUUGAUUACUCACACUGCCGACUUAUGUGAUGAUGUGAAGAAGUUCCGGAGGUUAUUUUGCUGCGUCAAACGUAGCCUCACCAAUUCCAAGACAUUUUACGGACAUCAGUAGGUAAUUUCCCUUACUGCCUACUCUUAACACAUGUCAGGAGAUUUGUUUCGAAUAAGUAUAGAAAAAUAGAAAAGUUAUAUCAAGUGUGGCGAAGAUAACAGCCUGCACGUAGUCAUGGAAUCAUUCCCGGAAACCCACCAGCUACCUCCAAUGAACAAGGUGCCGACCAGUGUGCGCCUGUGUGGCCGAUACAUGCGCGCCCUGCCCUGGAUCUGCCUGCCAAUGCUGGUGACCGGGAUAUCGAUAUUCAUCCUGAGCCACCACUACCCAGGCUCUGUGCCCAGUCCGGAGCUGCUGACCGCACUGCAGACCGCUGGACCGGUCAUACUCGGACUGACAGUGGUGCUGCUGGUGGUCGGGAUAGCGGGCAGCUGCCACGUGGGCACCUAUCUCCUGGAGCGCCGGGAGACGGAGAUGGGCGACGAACAUAUAACCUACCUCGACGAGAAGCAGCACGGCGGGGCGUACCCCGUGGAGGAAGAGAAGGGCGGCACGUGAUGAGCGCAGGCGGUGUGACGCUAUAGAACUGUUACAAGUCUUAGUUGAUUGUUAUCAAUGUCACGGAGUCUAGGAGAGUUUCGGCAGGAUUUGUAUGAUUUAUGUAAAGUGACGCUAAGCAUAACAAGAAACUGUCCCAUUUAUUGAUUGCGUAUUGUACUCUUUAGUGUUGUUAACCUUCGCCCUAGUGUGUGUGUGUGUGGGGGGGGCAUAUGUUACCACUCUGUCGCGUUUUUUGCGUGUGAAUAAAAAACCGCGGCGCGUAGCGCCGCGCCGCUUGGGGUA